AUGAGUAAGGAAGAGAAAGAAGCCGCGAAGGAGGAGAAGAGGGAGCGGAAACGCGAACAUAAUCGAAGAAAGCGUCUCGCUUAUCGCUUGCGGCGAAGGAUGAAGAAGGCAAGUCCCAAACCAUCUAAAGCCAAAAGAGAGGACUGGAAAAAAGAGCAAAAAGAGAGCAACAAGGAGUAUCAAAAGAAAAAGAAGCGAAAGCAAAAAUGGAAGCAGAGAAAACAACAGAAAUCAAGAUGUGAAGCAAAACGUGAAACAAAACCUGCACUUAGUGAAAAGGAAUGGACCAAGCUUGUGGAGGAAGCAAGCGACCGGUCUGAUUUCGAAUCGUUGCUUCAUGUUUUCUCACAGCAUCUUUAUGAUCACACAAAGGCAUCUGGCGGGAAUCAAUUGAAAUGUCUUCUCAAACGAUUCCGAGAGCUAUCGACACGGUAUCAUCCAGACAAAAACUGCGGUCUCGCUCGCUACGGCCUGAUUUUUCAGGCAUUGAAUGAAGCUAGGGACGUUGUAGUGGAUCAAAUUGUCUGA